AUGUCCCGAGUCCUCUGCCAAGUUAAUCUACCUGCCCGAUACUGUCUUGGCAAUGCAUACCGCCUUUCUCUGUUGAAUGGACUGACCAGUGGUUCAAGGCGUUUCUACGAGACCGAGCAACCGACUGGUUCAGACGCGCCUGCACUUCCGUAUGGUCCUGGGAUUCCGCCCCCACUGAAAGGAAUAAGGAUUCUCGACCUUACCCGUGUACUCGCGGGGCCGACGGCAACUAUGUUGCUGGCAGACUUAGGUGCCGAUGUGAUUAAGGUCGAGGAGGUUUCGCGGGGCGAUGAUACUCGCUCGUGGCACCCUCCCUCAGCCCCAACACUUCCUUCAACUCCGAAAGCAUCCACUCAUCUGCCACCAGAGUCGGCAUACUUCCUAGCGGUCAAUCGAAACAAACGGUCCAUGACUGUGAAUUUCAAGGAUCCGGAAGGCCUAGAAAUUGUCCGAAAGCUAGUGGCGAAAUCAGAUAUCUUGGUGGAGAACUUUGUUUCGGGAAAGCUUGCUUCUAUGGGUCUCGGCUGGGAGGACUGUAGGAAGAUCAACGAACGCUUGAUAUACGCGUCUAUAACGGGGUACGGGCAGACUGGUCCCUACAGAACAGCAGCGGGUUAUGACGUUAUCAUCGAGGGUGAAGCCGGACUUAUGCAUAUCACGGGGGAACCAGACCGGCCACCGUCGAAGGUCGGCGUGGCGGCGACGGAUAUCGCCACCGGGUUGUAUGCUCAUGGAGCGAUCAUGGCAGCUCUUUUAUCUCGCCAACAAACUGGCAAGGGAGUCUGGAUUGACUGUAACCUUUUCGAGUCGCAGAUUGCUGGACUGGCGAAUAUCGCGUCCAAUUAUCUCAUCGCUGGACAAGAAGCCUCGCGACAUGGCACAGCCCACCCUUCCAUCGUUCCAUACCAGGUCUUUUCCUGCAAGAACGGCUUCAUCAUGAUCGGCGCAGGCAACAAUAAGCAGUUCAAGACGCUAGCGGAGAAUGUUCUCGACAGUCCAGCCUUGGCCGUUGACCCCAAGUUUGCAACGAAUGAGGCGCGGGUGAAAAACCGGACGGAACUUGUAGGCAUCAUGAGUAACGUACUGAUGAAGGAGGACAGGAAUUACUGGCUAGAGUGCUUCACUGGACUGGGAGUGCCGUUCGGGCCUAUAAACAAUAUUGAGCAGACUUUUAAUCAUCCCCAGGCAGUCGCUAGGGGAGUGACAGUCGAAGUCAAGCAUGCUCGAGCCGGUAAAAUCAAGUUAGUUGCUCCUGCUGUGACAUACAAUGGCAAGAAGAUGGAAGUGCGGCUACCGCCUCCGUGGCUGUCUGAACAUACCGAAGAGGUAAUGGAAGAGCUAGGCUACAGUGCGGAGCAAAUAGCAGACCUUCGGGAGAGGGCGAUAAUCUGA